AUGGGAAAGGAUCUAGAGGCUGGCCGCUCUGGCCAUAUCUCGCAUUUUCAAAGAGUCCUCCACCAAGGCGUCCUGAACGACGACAUUAUAAACCACCCCUACCAAGGAUCAGGAACUGAAGACGACCCGUUCGUUGUCUCAUGGCUCGAAGACGAUCCAGUAAAUCCCCUGAACUACUCAUUGACCUUGAAAUGGUGCAUCACUAUGAUGGUCGCGGUCGCAACACUGGCAGUCGCCUUCGCCUCAUCCGCAUACUCUGGCGGCAUUGCUCAGAUCCUCCUCGAGUUCCACAUCGUACAGAUUAUUGGCACGCUGGGAAUAUCUUUAUUCGUUCUAGGAUUUGCGAUAGGACCACUGCUGUGGGCUCCAUUGAGUGAACUGUACGGCCGCCAGUACCUUUUCUUUGUCACUUACAUGCUUCUCACUGCCUUCAAUGCUGGUGCAGCUGGUUCUCAGAAUAUUCAAACUCUGAUCGUCUUGAGGUUUUUCGCCGGCGCAUUUGGCUCUUCGCCAUUAACUAAUGCCGGUGGAGUCAUUGCUGAUAUGUUUCCCGCCUCUCAACGUGGCUUGGCUACGAGUAUUUUUGCUGCUGCUCCGUUCCUUGGGCCUGUGUUUGGGCCUAUUGUUGGAGGAUUCGUUGGGCAGUCCAUCGGAUGGCGCUGGGUUGAAGGCAUCAUGGCCAUCUUCACUGGCGUCCUUUGGAUAGUAUGCGCACUGUUCGUGCCUGAGACCUACGCCCCCGUACUGCUCCGUAAGCGUGCCACGGCACUAUCGAAAAAGACCGGGCAAGUAUACAAGAGCAAGACGGAUGUUGAACAAGGCACCAAAGCCGCUAGUCAGGUUCUGAAGACUUCACUUACGCGCCCUUGGAUCCUUCUUCUUCGCGAACCGAUUGUCCUUCUGCUCUCUAUCUAUAUGGCUGUUAUAUACGGGACGCUCUACAUGUUGUUUGCCGCAUUUCCGAUCGUCUUCCAGCGAGGCCGCGGAUGGUCACAGGGCAUUGGUGGCCUUGCUUUCCUUGGAGUGAUGGUUGGCAUGCUUGCUGCUGUCGGUUACUCGAUCUGGGACAACAAGAGAUACAACAAGGCUAUCGAGGCGUCACCUUCCGGUAUUGCUGCGCCUGAGGCGCGGCUUCCGCCAGCCCUUAUCGGCUCUAUCGCCAUGCCUGUUGGACUGUUUUGGUUUGCCUGGACAAACGCGCCAAGUGUCCAUUGGAUCGUCAGCGUCAUGGCCGGUGCGCCCUUUGGCUUCGGCAUGGUCUUGGUCUUUCUUUCCAUCAUCAACUACCUCAUUGACGCCUACCUCAUUUAUGCAGCCUCAGUCCUUGCUGCAAACUCGGUAUUACGGUCACUGUUUGGAGCUGCGUUUCCGCUGUUCACCAGCUACAUGUUUGCUGAUCUGGGCAUACAUUGGGCCUCGUCGAUUCCAGCAUUUCUAGCGCUUGCAUGUGUCCCCUUCCCUUUCUUAUUCUAUAGAUAUGGCGCUGCGAUUCGUAUGCGUUGUAAGUUCGCUGCAGAAGCUGCGGCGUUUCUGGAGAAGAUCAAAGGGUGA